AUGAAGAAAUACCUGUCUCAGUACACUGUUGAGAUUGGAGGCCUGGUGACCUCCCACCAUGAUCCAGCUGAUGCAAACCAUUGCUGGCGCUUCAUCCGCCGCAGUGACCUGCCUGUCUAUGAUGACCAAACUGGUGAGUCGUGGGCUCCUCAAGAGAUCCCAAAAGAGAGCUACCCGCACCUUCCAAACGACUGCAUCCUUUUGGUCAAACACUUGGUGAACUCAGAGAGCCUGAGUCAGAGCCCAAUGACUUUGCUCCCAGCAUCCUUCCAAGACAAGGUGAAGGUUGGAGUGCAAGCUCUUCCCAGGAACUUGAUUGCGGACAGGGCCAGAAAGGAGUUCCGUCGGACUGCGGAUGUGGUGGAGAGGGACCCGUGGCUACUACAUAAAGCUGCAAAAGCUUUGCGAGAGUGGGUGGACAACAAUGAGAAGCAGGAGUGGCCAGAGAUUCCAGAGCCCAAGUGGUGGUUCAGUACUGAUGUGCGUGAGCUGGGUGUGGAACCAACUCCCAAUGGGUGGGAGAAAUUUGCACCUGGGCCAGUGCGGCAGGUUACCAUCACCCCGGGGGCUGCCAUUGGUGGAGAGCCAAAGAGACGUGGGAGACCUCCUAAAAGGAAGGAUGCUGAGGUAGAGAAAGUGGUACCGCUGGGGGAGGGUGAGCAGGUCUUUGGGCCCAGGUCCAAAAAACGGAGCACUGUGGUUCCUCCCACAGAGGAGAUCGUGCCUAAAGAUCUCUUUGGUGCUGCUGCUGACCUACCUGCUGACCCACCUGCUCCAGAGAUGCCUUGGCCUACCCGGGCAACCUUUGCAGGCAGGAAGAAGCCAACUAAUGAGGAGGCUGGUGCAAUCUUUGAAGCUCGGAGGUCAAAGUUCUAUGAAAUGGUGCCUUCUCAGUAUUGGCGGGAUGGGCUUGAGCGGGACUACUGGAACAAGUGUGUCCAGGGUGGCUGUGUGGAUUUGGCAGUGGAGGAGUUCUUGAAAGACCAUGGUGCAGCAGCUUCAAACCAAGGUGCUGGUCGUGGGCGUGGGCGUGGCCGUGGCAAGCAGGCCAAGGCGAAAGCCAUGCCCAAGGAGCCUGGCAGGAACCGAGGCCGUGGCCGCAGCAAGGCUCUGGGCAAGCGCUAG